AUGUCCUGCGUUGAUGUCAUGUACCAACUUUAUCCGCCGUAUCUCACCUCCUUUAAAGGAAGCGGUUCUGAAGAUGCCGCGGCAGCCGCCACGGCAGCCGCUGCUGCCGCCGCUGCAGCAGCAGCACAGGUUUUUCUUCUUAUUUCUUCUUCAUUUGCUCCCUGCCUCAUCUCUUUCUUUCUUUCUUUCUUUCUUUCUUUCUUUCUUUCUUCUUCUUCUGUAUUCUCUUCAUCUCUUCUUCAUUUCACCUCUUCCUUCUUGUUCUUUAAAUCUCUUUUUUCUCUUUCCUUUCUUCAAUUUGUUCUUCUUCUUUUCUUGUGUUUCUCUUUGUUAUCUAUCUAUCUAUCUAUCUAUCUAUCUAUCUAUCUAUCUAUCUAUCUAUCUAUCUAUCUAUCUCUCAAUCUAUUCAUAUCUAUCUAUCUAUUUAUCUAUCUAUCUAUCUAUCUAUCUAUCUCGAUCUAUUCAUAUCUAUCUAUCUAUCUAUCUAUCUAUCUAUCAUCUAUCUAUCUAUCUAUCUCAGUCUAUUCAUAUCUAUCUAUCUAUCUAUCUAUCUCAGUCUAUUCAUAUUUAUCUAUCUAUUUAUCUAUCUAUCUCACUCUCAGGGUAGUUGCUUGUGAGCUUGUAUCUCCGUCUUUCUUUCUCUCUAUCUAUCUAUCUAUCUAUCUAUAUAUUUCUCUCUAUCCCACACCGAGAACGCCCGGUAUUCGUAGGAUGUUACGUUUGCAUUCCAACCAUUGUUACCAUUCACAAUCUGCUUACACCAAUAAACUGACUUUUCAUUCAUAUUUUACAUUCGUCAUCUUUCGACCUGUUUCUUCUUCUUCUUCUUCUUCUUCUUCUUUUCCCUUCUUCAACUUAUUCUUCUCUGUUUCCUACGCUUCCUCCUUUUUUUCUUUUUCUUCUCCACCUCUUCCUGCCACUUCUUCAUCUUUCACGUCUUCUCUUCCUCCUCCUUUCUUCUUCUCUCUCUUCUCAUCUUCUUCUUCUUCUUCUCUUUCCUCUCCUUCUUCUUAUUCUUCUCUCUCUCCUCCUCCUCCUUUUUUUUCUUCUUCUUUUUCUUCUUCUCUUUCCUCUCCUUCUUCUUAUUCUUCUGUCUCUCCUCCUCCUUCUUCUUUUUCUUCUUCUUCUUCUUCUUCUUCUUCUCAGUUUUUUCGUCUCUUCCUCCUUCUUUUUCUACUCUUCCUCCUUCUCAUUCUCAUCUUCCUCCGUUUUCUACGCUUCCUCCUUUUUUUUCUUUUUCUUCUCCAUCUCUUCCUGCCUCUUCUUCAUCUUUCACUUUUUCUCUUCCUCCUGCUUUCUUCUUCUCUCUCUUCUCAUCUUCUUCUUCUCUUUCCUCUCCUUCUUCUUAUGCUUCUGUCUCUCCUCCUCCCCCUCCUCCUCCUCCUUCUUCUUCUUCUUCUUCUUCUCAAAGAUCAGUCUGUCUGUCUAUCGAUCUAUCUAUCUCAGUCUGUUCAUAUCUAUCUAUCUAUCUAUCUAUCUAUCUAUCUAUCUAUCUGUCUGUCUCCGACAUCUGGAGCAAUUACGAAGAUCGACGAAGAUGACAUCGACAAGAACGAACCCCCGAAAGGAAGUGUUCAAUAUCUGAAUCCAAAUUGUGUUCUAUUGACGUAUUUCACGGGAGAUACCUCCAUGGUUGUGGAUGAGCACUUUACCAGAUCGCUUAAUCAAAUCAGCAGCUACCAUCCGACAGACAGACAAAACACUAAAACUUCAUAUACACGACCAGAUGUUCCAUUGAUGUGCCACCGGAAGUUCCCGGCAUCCUUUUGGGACAGCGCUUAUCAAAGUCCAAGCACAAGCACACCUCACAGUUUUCACUUCGCCACUGACGCCUAUUUGAACACACCAUUAUACGCCAUGUCCGGCUUCCACAAAACAUGGCCAUAUUCGUUAGCCUCACAGCCACAUACAUACGCGCCUCAGCCAGCGCACUCUUUUUCUUACUCGUCAAUGGAUUCCGCCGCCAGCCGAUAUAGUCCGCAUUAUGGACCAUUUAUGAUGCAGUCGCCGGCUUCGAUGGGGAGUCGCAUCGAGUCGAGACAUGGACAGCCUUCCACAAGGCUCCUUGUUGCUCAUCUCCUUAUUUAG